AUGCUUAAACCUGAUUUGGAAUUUUUAUAUAUUAAGGGCAAUUAGAAAUUUCAAGAUGUUGCCUUUUAAUAACCUAUUAGAUAACAUCAGCCAAAAGUGAAUGCUAUAAAACUCAAAGGUUUUCAACAAUUUGUGGAACUCAUUAAUAAAUAAUAAGAAUAACAACAAUAAUUGAAAACCUGUUCUUAAUGUACUCCUUAAUUAUUACCAACUGUUAUUUCCUAUCCUCCAAGAAUAGAAGUUUAAACCAGAAAAGCAAGUGAGAUGAAACUAUUUGUAAAAAAAAGUUUUAUUGAUACUCCUACUGAAUCACAUUCUUAAGAAAGANAAUAUCACACGAAUUCUUUAUAUGCUAAUAUACAUAAAUAACUUAAAAAUUCUAAUCCAUUAGAAUAUUUCAAUCAAUGA